UUUACCCAAAUGGUAAGGCAUUACAACGAUAGCCCUUACUUUCCCUACCCAAUGCAACUUCUAUUUUCGGCUGGCCGUAGUAGUUCCGCCGCCGAGAAAAAAGGUAGUUAUGCUGCAGACUUGAGCUUGCUUUUCAGCUUGGGUGGAAGACUGAACCGUGCUACUAAUUUUACUCUGUGAAGAUUGUCCACUUGCACUUUUAUGUAUAUUGUGCUUUGUAUGCUUAUAAUAGCAUCAAAGAUGUGCAGAUGAAAAGUUUUGAUGCGCCCAGGUUGUAUAAGGUCAUACUAGAGAUAUUUUCUGUGUUGAGCUAGAACUGCACUCUCAUCCGAUUGCAUCAGAUGGCUAUGGAAAAUAUUCAUGACAAAGAAGAUAAUAAGUUUGUCAAAGAAGAUGCUAUGUGGUCUGAUGCUGAGGAGAAGACCUUGGUUGACUUGAUGGUUGAUAUGGUGAAGGCUAACAACAGGCCCACUUCUACUUUCAACUCUGAAGGUUGGAAAUACAUCAGGGAAAAUUUCAACAGGAUCCACAACAAGAACUAUGUUCAUUCACAAUUCAAGAACAAGUACAAUGCAUUGAGGAACAGGAGAAGACAAUAUCUUAUCUUAACAAAUCAAACAGGUUUUACAAUAGAUCCUGUGACAAAGAAGCCAAUCGCAGAUGAAGCAGUAUGGUCCAAUUUUUGUAAGACUAAUGGUUUUGCAAGGAAGUUCAGAACAAGGAACUUCCAGCACUGGGAUGAGCUAGAGUACAUAUUUGGUGGGAUAGAAGCUUCAGAGAAACAUGGUGUCAGCUGUAAUCAGGUUGCCUCAGACGAUGAUGAUAGUGUUCAACACUCGCAAUCCAAUUCCCACACCCAAGAUUGCCAAACUACUCCCUCCACAGGGGAGUCCAUGGGAGUUCAGAAUGUUGUCAAUUUGUGUGAUAACCCUCCGCCGAGUAGAGAAUUCAGCAUGAGAGUUGAUAUUGAUAGCCUCCCGAUGUCUACGAGGAAGAGAAAGAAAAUUUCAACUUGUGGUGCAAUGGAUGAUGUAAUUAGAAUAUGGGUAGAGGCCAAGAAGAUAAAAUAUGAAGUGCAGAAGAUGCGCUUGGAAAAGGAAAUGAAGGCAAUUAUUCAAAGUCAACAUGAUGAGGUGCUAAAGAAGGUUAAGGAGAGUAUCACUACUUGCAUUGAAAUUUUGAACAACAUAUUUGCAGUGCAUACUCUCUCUCCGAAGUGCUGUCUGAAAGCAACAAUGUUAUUUCAGGAGGAAAAGUGGAGGAAUACAUUCCUAUCUAUGUCCCAUGAAUUGAGGGUAUGCUGGCUACAAAAUCUGUCGAAUAUGCAAGUCUCAGGUUAUUAUCAGGUGGAUAAACCCAAAAAGUUGGCAGACAAUCAGCUAACAAUACCCAAGAAGGUAAGCUAAUUCAAUGUCUUUGGAGCAAAAUAUAAGAUCUCACCGUUUUGUUGAAAGGGGACAACCGACAGGGCAAUCCUAAUGAAUGGGAAGAGCUGUAAAGAAGAAAAUGCAUCUUAUCUAUUGUAAGUAUAGAUGUUGAAAGAAGGAAAGGAAAAAUUUCUAUUGUAGAUUGUAGUUUUUCUGUGGUCUUCCACCCGGAACUUCUGUAUAUAUAUAUAUAUAUAUAUAUAUUAACUGUUCUCUUGUAUGAGGAUUUGAUGGAUGCAUUUCUCGUGCAGUCAGUUAUAUCAAGAUCUCUUAUUAUCUUA